AACACUAACACAACAAAGUAUACAUUUGUUAUUUUGUUAAAACCCCCACACAGAGAGAGAGAGAGAGAGAAACUCAACUGCAGAGUCUCUGUUUGGGUGAAAUUGAUAUCAUGAUUUGGUUGAGUUAGGGUUAGGUCAUAUGUGUGAGGAAGAAGGAGGAGGAGGAGACGGUACUAUCAUGUAUAGCAACAAAGAGCGAGGUGGUGGUUCCAAGUCGGAGGUUGAUCGGAGAAAGCGAAUCAACGACGUUCUUGACAAGCAGUUGCAGCGAUCCACGCCUUCCACUUCCACUUCCACUUCUAGGCCCAUCAAGGCCCAAUCCUUAUUACCCAAUCAUCACUCUCCUUCUCACUCCCUCUCUAAGAACUCCAACGCUUCUCAUCUAGCUGACCUGUUUUCUUUUGUGUUGAAUGCAGAGGAAUCCGGAUCAGACAGUGAAGAAUCAGAUGUUAGUGGUUCCGAUGUGGAUGACACAUCUUGGAUCUCGUGGUUUUGCAAUCUUAGAGGAAAUGAAUUCUUUUCCGAAGUUGAAGAUGAUUACAUACAAGAUGAUUUCAACCUCUGUGGACUAAGCAGUCAAGUGCCUUACUAUGAUUAUGCACUUGAUUUGAUUUUGGAUGUUGAGUCCUCCCAUGGUGACAUGUUAACGGAAGAACAAAAUGAGUUAAUUGAAUCUGCAGCAGAGAUGCUUUAUGGUCUGAUUCAUGCCCGGUACAUUUUGACAACCAAAGGAAUGGCUGCCAUGUUGGACAAGUACAAAAACUAUGACUUUGGCAGAUGUCCGAGAGUUUACUGCUCAGGACAACCCUGCCUUCCGGUUGGCCAGUCAGACAUUCCUAGGUCAAGUACUGUAAAAAUAUAUUGCCCCAGAUGUGAAGACAUUUACUACCCGCGGUCCAAGUAUCAAGGUAAUAUUGAUGGAGCUUAUUUUGGAACUACGUUUGCCAACCUCUUCCUGAUGACUUACGGGCAUCUGAAGCCACAAAAGCCGUCACAGAGCUAUGUUCCAAGAGUUUUUGGUUUUAAAAUUCAUAAGCCAUGAAGCUGGAUGGAAUUCAAGCUCACAUCAAAGUAAGAGUCUGCGCAUGUCUUGUUUAGCUCGGUCUUUUGUUGUAUUUCUUGAAAAAGUCGGUGUAUUUCAGUUUGGGAAAUCAGUACAAUGUAGAACAUAACUGUUGUAUUCAUUUCGGAAUAUUUUGUAAAGAUAUGUGCUGGCAUGACCAGCAAGGCAGUAAGUUCUUAAUUUUUGUUUCGGCUUCAAAUUUAGUGAGCUCUUGUAAAACAUUGUUAUAGGUUUUUUUGGUUAGGUAUUUGAAUGCACUUGUAAUGGCUUGUAUCAAAUUGUUUUCUCAUACUUACAUUCAUUUCAUGGUUG